AAACGUAGUCGUUACACAAACCUUUUAUGUAUGGUGCUAAAACAAAAAUUCAAAUUACAUUAUCAUUCUCGUAAUGAUUCACGUAGUUUCGUUACUGAAGAUGUUAUCAUUAGUUCAAGAGGAGGGCAUAAUAUUAAUAUUGGCGAUGUGAUUGAAGUAUAUCAUGCUGAAGAUGCACAUCAUGCUCUUUUCUUAGUUACUACACUGAGUGAUGAUUUACAAAAUCGUGAUGUUAUCAGUAUUGAACAAAGUCUUGCGCAUACAUUCAAAUUGCAACAGCAUAAAAAUGUCAUUGUCAAUGUGAUGAAUAAAGAGGCUGUUUCUUUGGAUCUCGUUGAAUUAUACUUUCGUGAUCAAUAUUUCAGUCGAAGAGAUUUUUGUAAUAUUACACAAAAACUAAUUGGUACUGUUGUACAUGUGAAUAAAAAGCUGACUUGUAAUGAAACAAGAACACAAGUUGGCGAUUUAUGGCGUCUUGGCGAGAGAUAUUCCUGUGGAUAUAUUGAUUCAACAACGAAAAUUAUUUUUCGUUCUUCCACAGCAGUCAUACAUAUUUUCAUACAAAUGAGUCAAGAAAUGUGGUGGUUCGAUAAUAAUGGUGAUUUGUAUUUGGAGAAAGCGUUCAAAUUCUUGUCGAAACUGUUCUUGAAAUUUUGGCCUGAAAAUAAUUGUAAUCAUGAUACUACUGUUGUAUUCUUUACACGUAUCUAUAUUGAUAAUGUACCCGCUGAAUACGCUCAGUCAUUUAAACAGGAUGCUUUAAAUAGAUAUUAUGAAGAUUUUUACAGAGUAAUUAUACAAAAUGAACGUUUUACAACAGAUGAUUGGAAACGUGAAUUAGGUCGUAUGCAAUAUGAAGUGUUACAAUUUGAAAAUAAUAUUUAUUCUUAUCUACGUACUACAUAUCCAUUGAUUAUGAAUAAUAAAGAUGAUAAAAAAAUCAAAUUAAAUAUUUGUACAGCUAUGGAUGCUAAUCUAUUGGAAGUAUUAAAUAUGGCUAUUAAUCUUUAUUCGGGAUAUAAUAUUGAUCGAAAUUUUGAUCGUACUGGCAAACUGUUGUUCGUCAUUGCACCAGGUUCUGGUGUUUAUCAUGUGAAUGAAAAUCUUUUAUUAUUAACUAAAAAACGUGUUCUUGAUUUAGGUGUUGGAGUAGACUUAAUCUGUUUGGCAGAACAACCUCUUCAUGCAGUUCCAUUGUUUAAAAUAUUGUCUGAAUCUUUUAUAAAUCCAGAAGAAUAUAUUGCACCACAUUGGAUAAAUUGCAGCUAUUUUAAAUCAGCACAAGAAUUGAAAUAUAUUGAAAUGGGCAAACCGUUUCCACGUGUUAAAGUUGUAACUUUUAAACAUUCAGACGAUAUGUUUGUUUCAAGAUGUACCAAUGGCGUACCCGGAGAUAAUCAUCAAUCUGAUAGUCAGUAUAUAAGUGUUUCAAAAGAAACUCAUGACGAUACUACUACCACCGCUACUACUAAUACUACUACUACUACUACUGUCAUCAAAUCAUCGCUGCCUAUCUAUUGUAUCGCUUAUCCAUCAUAUCAAUCAUCUUUUAAUGAAAAUAAUAAUCAACGCAAAAAAUCAUAUCAACCACCAUCAAAUGAAAAUUUAGUCAAGUCACAAAAUUGCCUUAUAAAUUCUAACACUACUACUACUACUAAUAAUAAUAAUAAUAGUAGUAGUUAUUCACUCCUACCAAUCACAAAUCAAUCAUCCACUUCCAUAGUAGAAUCAAAUUGUUAUCAAUAUUGUUCAAAUGAUCCAACAGCAUCCAUUGUAAACAAUCCGAUUAGCGCUAUGUCUAGACGGUCUAAACAAACUGUUUCAACGACGACGACAACUUCAACAACGACAACAUUAUCGACAGCGACGACCAUACCAUCAUCACCCGCAUCAUCAUCCUCGUGUAAGAAUUUAUCACGAAGUUAUGAUUCAUACAUCACAUCGAAUCAUCCAGUCGCUCCACAUCUACACACCUUAUUAUCACGUGUUACAUCGAUUGAUAAUGCUACUCUAAGUACGAAUACUACUACUUGUUGUAGUAGUAGUAAUAGUAGUAGUUGUUGUAGUAGUAUUAGUCAUGAUUUCACUACAAUCACAUCUCUUCCAUCAAUACGUAAACAAUCUAUGGAGAAUGAGAAAAGUCAAAUGUUGUCCAUUCCAAGAACAUGUUGGAAUAAUGUACGCAAUCGGACACAAAGUUUAAAUGUAGACGGAGCUGACAAACAGCAUCGACAACACCACCAACAACAACAACAGAUGAAACUCUUGUCUAUUAAUCGUCAUCAUCAUGAUAAAAGUAGUAACAAUAAUAUGGAUAAUGAAAAUGUGACUCCUUUUUGUCGAACAAUGGAUGUUAUUUUAUCCGAUGGACAACCAUUGCCAAAUUCAUGGAAUAUUAUCACUCCUCAACAUUCUAUCCUACGUAAUUAUCAUGCAAUCAUUGAUCGUCGUACUCAUCUCAAUAAUUUAUCUGGAUUAAAUUCACAAACUUUGCCAUUUACUCGUCGAAAGUCGACAGCUACACUUUAUGCAACAAUUACACCGACUACACUGACUACUACUACUACUACGACUGGUACUACUACUAUUAACAAUAAUUUAAUCAGUACACCAAUUCAACAUUUUGGAAAAUAUUAUAAUUUAACUACAACUUAUUCACGUCAAUCAACCAUAAAUUAUUAUGCAACUAGUUCACUUGUAUCCGGUGCAUAUUUUCCAUUUGGUGUAAAUAAACAUUCUUACAGGAUGCCAAUAUCAGCUGGUCAACGUCGAUGGGCUUUGGUUCGACCUUCAGAUGAAUACGGAGGUACCAUUACACCGCAUUGUAUUAUUACAUCAUCUGAUGAUAUUGAUUUCAUGUAUCCAGCUCCAUUGCCUUAUAAUCUUUGUCAAAUUUGGGCAGCAUAUUUCGAUUUUUUGCGUACACGUCUUUUGGAUAAAAAACAGUCUAAUCAGCAUAUAGUUAAACAUACUACUACUAAUAAUAAUGGUGAUGGAAACUGUGUUAAUCCGCCAAUUCUGAAUACACAAAUGCCUUCAAAACGUUUAUCCACGUAUGAUGAAUACAACAAUGAUAAAGGGAAUAUUUCAUCUAAUCAUUCCCAUUCACACCAAUUCAACCAUCAAAAAUCUUUAUCCAAUUUUAAUACAACAUCGAAAAUGCAACAAUCCACUAUAAUGCAACAGCAGAAUUUAUCACAACUAUCUGAAACAUCAAUGAAGGCAUUGGAGAAUUUAUUAGAAAUUAUCAAACAUGCCAUCUCUUAUUCUAUUCAAUCGUCAUUCUCCUCAUCAUCAGCAUCAUCAUCAUCGGUUUACUUGACAUCAAUGCCAUCGUUAUCGUCGACAUUUUGGCAACAAAAUCAAAAUAUUCUUAAUUCUACUUCUGUUCCUCUUAAUACUACUACUGCUACUGCUUCCAGUAGUACUACUAAUAGUAAUAAUAGUAGUAUUAACAGUAAUAAUAAUCUUAACAAUACUAACGUUAAUGCUACGAAUAACAUUAGUAGUAGUAGUGAUGAUCAAAAAUUAUUCAGUUUACAAAUGAACAAUUUCAAUAAAUUAACUAAUUAUAAACAAAUGAUACCGAAACGUGUUGAUGCUCUACGGAAUAUGUUACGUCUUAUCGGUGUUGACUGGAAAUCAUUGAUAGUUCCAGCAUGUUUACCAGUGGAUACAGAUUAUUUCCCUGAUACAUGUCGUCUACGUAGUGAAUGGUAUACAUUACAUGAUUAUCGUGUUGUACCAAGUGGUAUGUCACCUGAUGAAUGGGCUUCUAUGAAUAAUGCUGCUUUAGAACCUGGUGCUUUAUACAACCGUCGCCAAUUGACAGCUCGUGAAGUAUUUCAAGAGAUGGUACUACAACGAAUAAGUCAGGGAUUUCAAUUAUGUCAUGAAGUAGUGGUUGCACAUAAUCCAACUAAUCCUAACAGUAAUAUUGAACAUCAUUCUGUGACUAGCAUAAAUGCAUCACCAGCUACUAUCAUACAAAAUGAUAAUCUUGUCAAUUGUUCAAACAACAUUAAUAACAAUAAUAUUACUAGUAGUAAUAAUAACAAACCCAAAACUUUAUCUUUAAUCAAACAAACCAAUGAACGACUUAAUCCCAUGUCUAAUUCUCCACAUGCUACAUAUAAUUCACGAAGACUUUCAAAUAUCUCUCAUAAUAUUAUCGAUACUACUACUAUUACUAGUAGUAGUAAUAGUAGUAGUAUUACUACUCCUACUGCUUCUUAUAACAACCAUAACAUCAAGAAUAGUUCAGGUUAUUUCCCAACCAAUAAAAACACUACUACAACUACUGCUAAUCAAUAUUGGAAAUCAACCAAUCGAUGCCUUCCAACACGUUUAUCGUCGAAAUUCACCACAAUCAAUAACAAUGUUCAAUCCUCAAGAGGAUCCCAUGUAUCAUCAUCCACAUCCGCAUGUGUAUGCGCAUCAACCUAUGCACCUGCAUAUAAUGGACGUGUUUUAGGUGUUGGUCUAACUAUAAAUCCAUCCACUCGACCUGGACAUCCAUCCAAUUGUAUUAAUUGUAGUAGUAGCAGUGGCAGUGGUCGUGGGACUACUACCAGCAGUAAUAAUAGUAAUAGUAAUAAUAAUAAUGGUCAUACUAAUAGUAGUAGUAGUAGUAGUGGUAACAGUAGUAGCAGUGGAGGUGUUUCAACAACCACAACAACAACAGCAACCAACAAAUCAUUGAUUAAUCGUUACAAUACAAAUAAUACAAAUUCAAUGUUCAAUUCAUCAUUAUCAAGAUUUGGUGAUACAGAUCAAUUACUGAAGACAACAACUACGCGUAAAUUAAGUAUUGGGCAUUUAUUUCAUUUAAUUUCGUUGGAUGAAGAUUCAAUUGGUGUGACAAGUUAUCGAGAAAUCGAUAAACUAAUUAAAAUCACUUACUCUUAUGCAUUACAAGUUCCAGAUGCAAAAUCUUAUGUAACAUACAAUACAAAUUUCACUAGUGAUUCAACUGUUAUAUUAAAUUGGAAUUAUCUUGAUAAUUAUUUAUGUAAUCGUGGUAUCAGUGAUUCAUUUCGAUUGCUUCCGAAUCUCAAAUUUUGGCGAAGUCGUUUCUUUGUUAUACCGAUUUUUAGCAAUGAAACUCGACGUUUGGCUGAAGCUAUUCGAGAUAAUACAACUGGUCAACGUAUUCCAUGUGAUGUUUAUGAAUUAGAUUAUUUAAAUAUAAAUCGUGAAAAAACAUGUGAAAAAUUUGUUCAUUUCAUUGAAUCCAUUAAUCGUAUACGACGUACACUUUUAACAAGUCGUAAAUUAAAUCGUCAAUCCACAAUAGAAAAAUCUGAUAUUCAUCGUAGUAAUACUACGACGACAAUGACAGCGACACCAACUGUUGUAACCUCAACCACAACCACUAUAACAAAUUCCAACACAACAGAUACAACAAUCAAUUCUUGUUCUAAGUCAAAAACUAAUCUUCUCUUCCCUGUAACCAUGCAUCCAAGGCCAUUAAUGAUGACUUCAUCAUUCAAUAAUACUACUACUAAUAAUCAUAAUAAUAACGGCGGUUCAUUCAUCAAUGAAUCAAUGGAUUUCAAUGUUCAAUCAAUGAAUAAUAAAUCAUCCGACGGCAUGAAUUCAUUAUGCACAGAUCAUUUUUAUACAACUAUAUCAUUACCGAAUAUUUCAUCAAUGAAUACAACAACCAUGUUAGAAGAUCAAUUAGCCAAUGGUUUAAUGAUGAUGCAUACAAAUUUAUUUCAUUCAAAUACUACAAAUAUUCAUUAUUAUUUAAUCAGUUUAAUGAUGAUUGAUAAUGAGUAA